AACUGUUAUCCUCUCUCCCCUCCCUUGUUACAGCUGAGAGGAAGAGAAAUCCCGGCUGAGGCUUAUCUGAUGAGUCGUGUGCAUCACCCAAACGUCAUCCAAAUCUACCAGCUCAUCUUUACAGAAGAACAUUACUGUUAUGUUAUGGAACGACCAGAAUCCUGCAAAGACUUUUUUGACGUCAUACAGGACCGUAACUCCGCAGGAAACCCAUUGUCAGAAGAUGAAGUGAGACGAUACUUCACUCAGAUCUUGGAAGCUAACAUCACAUGCGAAGAAAAAGGUGUUGUACACCGCGACCUCAAGCCUGAAAAUAUCUUGCUGGAUUUGACAAAUGAUGAAGUGAAGUUGAUUGACUUUGGGUUGGCAUCUGAGAUACAAGAAGAGCCUUUUGAAAGCUUUAGAGGUAAGAACUGUUGCAUCAGAGAAAUCUGUUUUGAGUGGUGUCAAAUCCGCAUGACGAAGAUUAAUCAGGCAUCCAAACAUCUACGAUCUCAGAAAGAAGGCCAGCCCAGUUGACAGAUAUUGUGGGAAAAUGACCCUUUAGUCCUCGAACUUAGCCUCUUUAUUUUUGCGUAUCUUAUUAUUGCUGAUAUUCUUGGUCCUGAUUUUGCGUCUUAUGACAUCAUAUAUCAUUCCAAUUAAAUAACACUUAGCAUCACGCCACGUGACGGCAAGAGAGUUUGUUUCCUCUUUGUUCUUAAGUAAACCUAUAAAAUUUCUUCAGGCUUUUGGUAUUAGAUAUCUAAUUAGCUAUCAAAAAUUUUCCUUUAGGUACAAAUCAAUACAUGCCCCCUGAAUUCAUGAAAACAAGUAAAUAUGACGGUUGCGAGGCAACUGUGUGGGCGAUGGGAAUCCUCUUGGUCGAUAUGUUGUCACCAGUUAUUUCUGCAUUUGAAAAACCACAACAUUGCCUAAGCAUGGAGCCCAGAAUACCUCAACACUUUUCAUCAGGUGUGUAUUAGUUUGGUCACUUCUACUCUCUGUGUUCAACCGUUCAGUAUCAUAACGAGCACUUACUGGAAUUAAAAGUAUUCGGAAAUUCUGGUAUGAUGGUCGGACAUCUUCGCCCUCAAUUAUCGAUCAAGGUCUAUAAGAACUGUUAUUGGGUCAUUGAUGGUUAUCGCCAUCCAAGCUAGCUGAGGAUGAUUUCGGGAAAACUUUGCCUUGACACAAAUGAAAUGGCUCCAUUUACACCAUUCAGAUCAAAUCCGGCCAUUGAGAUAACCUAGGGUAAGAUUCUUCGGGUUUCGAUUUUUUUUCCUUUCAGCUCCAAGAGAUCGCGACCCUUAAAGUCCUUAGAGAUAAUGCAGUGAUUUUGAGGGCAUUUCCCGUGAAAAUCUGAUCCAAAUUAAUAAUUAUCUGUUUUUUCUUUUUAAAACAGAGGUCAAGAACGUUGUUUAUAUGUUGUUGAAUCCCGAAGCAGAUCAGCGACCAACUCUUAAACAAGUUCUGCAGCAUCCAUGGUUCUCAAUGGAAGUCUAA